AUGGACGAGACGUUAAGGAAAGCUGCUUAUGAAGGAGAUAUCAACUUAUUGUACACAUUAAUUAAGGAGUGUACAAAAGUUCUUGAAGGCUUUGAUGAGGCAUCAUUUGUUGAUAACCCAUUACACAUAGCCGCUUCUCAAGGGCAAAUACAUUUCGCCAUGGAGAUCAUGAGAGUAAAGCCAUCAUUUGCUAGGAAGCUAAACCGAGACGGGUUUAGCCCUUUGCACCUGGCUCUGCAACAUGGCGAAUCGCGGAUGGUGUUCCGCCUCAUCGAUAUCGAUAGAGACCUCGUUCGAGUGCCGGGUAGGGAAGGCAUGACUCCCUUGCACCAUGUGGCUAAAGAAGGAAACUUGAAAGUCUUGCCUGUCUUCUUAUCUGCUUGUCCAAAAUCCUUUGAAGACGUGACGAUUCGCAAUGAGACGGCGCUGCAUAUCGCGUUGAAGCACGACAAAGUUGAAGCCUUUGAGAUCCUUCUUAGAUGGCUUACGGCUUUCUGCUAUGAGGAAUAUCAGUUUGAGAAAAGGAUUUUGAACUGGAGAGAUGAGGAUGGCAACACUUUGCUGCACAUUGCAACAUCAAGAAAUCAACCCCGGGUAAUUCUCAUGUCCUUGGAUCCUAUUGAAAUUUGUGGUGAACUUGUUGCUAAAGUCUAG